GAGAGAGAGAGAGUUCAAGGUAAAAGGUAGUUAUUUCAAUGGAAAAUUUUAAUUAUUGAGUGUGUAUUUAUUUAAUAGUCGUUGUUGCCUAAUUCUCAACCAUAUUUAUUUCUCAACAGUGGUUGACAUAAUCUAGGGUGGGGUAUUUUUGACUUGUCAAAAACUGGUUCAAGGGGAAUAACGCAAUAGGUGCUUGAAAAAAAGAAAAGAAAAGAAAACAACCACUACUGAAUGAAGAAAUUACGAUUGUUCUGCAAUAUUUCAAAUGAAUUUUGUCAAUGUUCUCCUCCCACUAAAACUUUAAAAGGUUGGAAACUGGUGAGACUCAUACACACAACAGAGCGCGUACACAAACGCAACGUACAGCAUGAGGACGAUAAUGGCUAUAACAAUCAUUCUCUUUGUAAUGACAGUUGGGGCUCAGGAGAUUGGCUCUUCGGUAAGCAAGAUACGCCAAAAACGAAACUGGGUAGUGGACAUUUUUACUAUGAAAAGAGGCUUCAGCGGAACCGUUGGAUAUGUGUCCAUUUUUGGAGAUAUCGAAGACUGCGAUAUCUAUGGCCCUGGUGUGAAUGAAAAACCAAAGGGCAUUUUCCUGAUUAACAAGAAAACCAAGGAAAUGAUUGCAAAUGGGAAUGUGAACUAUGAGAGCAGAAAAAAUUUCACGCUUAUAUUUGAAUGUGCUCACCUGCAACAUGUGUACAAAAGACUUGCAGUGGACGUUCUGAUAGAGGAGUGCUAUGAGCCAUAUUUCAGUAAAAAUACUUACAUUAUCAGCGCAGAAGAAUCGAUGCUGCAAGGUACAAAUUUAUUAUCAAUGGUUGUACCCAAUAGCGUACAAAAUGAAACUUUAACCUUCACUGUUAAAGUGACCCCAAACCCCCAUAAUGCUGUGUUUGUUGUAAGUGAAAAGCUGGAAAUGUCAUUCAGAGGAUGUCUGGACUAUGAGGAACAUAAGAAACACACUGUAGUGGUUGAAGCAAAGGAUAAUAGACUUUUAACCCCACAUUCCAGCACAGCUACAGUGAUAAUCAACAUUAUUGACAAAAAUGACCAUAAACCUGUAAUUACAGGCAAAACGGGCAGUGGACAUAUAAAAGAAAGCGAGAUCGGAGCUGAAGUUUACAGAAUACAAGUGUUGGAUAAAGACAGUCCAGGCUCUCCAGGCUGGAAGGCCAAUUUCACACUUCAUGGUGAAAAAGCAGAGAACUUUAAAAUUGAAGCAAACCCUGAAACUAAUGAGGGCGUCUUAUCAGUCGUAAAGCCACUAGACUAUGAAGAGACCCAGGUGCUGAACCUGACGGUUCAAGUGGAGAAUGAAGAGCCAUUCUUUUCCUGUUCAGUUCGGAAGAUGCACUACGAUGGAAAAAUGUGUGACAUCGACUAUUCGAGUGACGGCUCCAGCUCUACGAUGCUUACCUUCCCGAUCAUUGUGGAAGAUGUUAACGACCCGCCGGAGUUCACGGAUACCAUUAAACACGUCACCGUCAUGGAAAACACACCACCUGGAUACAGUCUGUGGACAUUCACUGUAAGGGAUCAGGACCGGAAUCCACCAAACACACACAAGUUCAUUAAAGGAAAAGAUAUAGAUAACUGGGUAACAAUUGAACCAAUGACAGGAAAAGUUUCCACAGCCAAAGUUUUGGACAGGGAAUCACCGUUUGUACAGCCGUUUAACAGCAUUUACACGGUCAUCCUCCAUGUUGUGGAUGAUGGUAUACCUCCGAAGACAGGUACAGGAACGCUGAUCAUCCAUGUGUUAGAUCAGAACGAUAACGCUCCACACUUGAAGUACAAUGAGGUGACUAUUUGUUCACCGAAAUCCAUGACCAACAUCACCGCUGUAGAUCCGGACCUUCCACCAUUCAGCAUGCCCUUCACCUACAAGCUCCAAGAUGACCAGGGAAAAUGGAAGCUUGAACCAUCCGAAGGAGAAACUGUAAAUCUGGUAAAAGACAGCAGUGUGUACUCGGGCAGCUACAAGCUCAUUCUGAAUAUAACCGACUGUGGAGGGCUUUCGUCAAUACAAAAACUGUCAGUCACUGUACGUAACUGCUCAGGUGAUGGCAGACACCUGACACGGACUGGUGCCCCUGGCAUCUUCAUCAUCUUUUUAUGCCUUCUCUUGAUACUAUGUGUCCUACUCAUGGCGUUCAAGUGUUCAUGGUGUUCCUACCAAGCAGAGAAAAUACCAUUUCCUGAGAUUGCAGAUUCGAAAACUCUUGUGCGUUGUUAUAAUGAAGAAGGACCAGGAAAUGAUGUUCAGAUUACACUACCAAGAAUCUUUGAUCGCCCUAAAGAUAAUGAUUUGGAUGUUCCUGCAAGGCAAAAAGGCAUCAUUAUUAUUGAGAAGGACGGGAAAAUUUAUCGAAAGCAACGAUGGAUGAAACGGACACAUUUUCAGGACAGCUGGGAAAUAACUGAAGAGCAACGACGGUUGAAACAGAAACAUUUUCAGGACAGCUGGGAAAUAACUGAAGAGCAGGAUUUGAACAGGAAAUGCACAAUUAGUGAUGACUCGCUGGCUCAGAUUGGGAUAAUGAUGAACAUUAUGAUUCAGAAGAAACUGUCCAGUCUUCAUGACCAGGGGAAGGAGCUGUGCGAUUAUAAGCCACACCCAUAUAAUAAUGAGGGUGAGCCUGGGGACCCGGCCGAGCUGGACAGCAUUUCUUUGGCAGACAGUCAAUUCAGUUUAGGAGAGCUCGAAAACCUGGACUCCAAAUUUCACCAACUGGCAGCACUGUGCAGGCCAGACCUCAUCCAGCAGAGCUACAUGAGCCAAGCGUCAUUCUCAUCUCACCAUUAUCAGCAUCAUCACCAUCACCAUAGUCAUCAUCAUCUAUAA